AUGGGUCGAAGAAAGAUCGAGAUCAAGGCGAUCAAGGAUGAUCGCAACCGAUCAGUUACCUUUUUGAAACGAAAGGGCGGUCUUUUCAAGAAGGCGCAUGAACUCGCGGUAUUAUGUUCGGUAGAUGUCGCGGUCAUCAUUUUUGGUCACAACAAGAAGCUCUAUGAAUUCUCAUCAUGUGAUAUGCGAGAGACAUUGGGUCGAUAUCAAUACUACGGCCCGCCGCACGAACAUAAAGGCCCUGAGGACUUCAAUGGGAAAAGGGACGAUGAUGAUGACGAGGAUGAAACCACUCCUGCUCCGGAAGAGAUGCAACCUACAACCCAGAACCCACCUGCUGUCGUUCCCGCUCACAUCCCUAGCCAUCCCGGUUUUCAGCACGUCAAUCACGCACCGUCUGCCUCCCCGCCCAUUUCUAAUGGAAUACCCUUUGACCCGCGACAUGGCACUCCGCAACCUCAAGGCGCUUCGAGGCCAUCCUCAAGAAACCAUCUUCGACGCGUGAGUUCGAAUCUCGGCCCGCAGCAACAUCAUGGAACUCCACCGCCUCCUCCACAGAAUGGGUUCGCAUAUAUUCCCAAUCCCUCGAUGUAUCAUCCCAAUGCAAACCCCAACAUGGCCCAACAACCGCGGCCACCCCAAUUCGCACACUAUGGACCGCAACCGCCACUACCGCCGCACGCUAUUCCUCCACAUACCAUGCCUCAACCAGUCCCGCCGCACCAUCAACCCCCGCAGCAUCUCUCCCAGCAUCCACAUCCGCUUGCUCAGCAGACACCUGCGAUGGGACUCUCGCAAGCGCCUCAUGCGUCAAUGCCACAGGUCGCGCAGCCUUUCUUGCCCGAACAAGGGAGAAACUCGAUGCCCCCGGCGUUUCCGACAGAACAGUCGCAACCACCUCGGCCGGUGUCCUUACCCGAUGCUUCCUCGGCAGAUCAGAUGGUUGGUCCUUUGAAGGUGGAAACAAGUCCCUCUCCCCCGCACCAGCGAUCGUUGUCCUCGAAAUCGCGCAGUAUCUUCACGCCGAUCGAUGAUCGCGGCUCCGUUCUGGCCCGUCACUUCGGACUUGGCCCGCCUACAUGCGAGUCUCCACGCACCGAGAGUACAGACGUCAAGGCAGAAUCAAAACAGAAUGACUUGAAAGAAAUCAAGCCACCCGCUCAAUCUGUUGCGCCCCCACCCCCACCUAGGACCGCAACCGACGCGACGCGGUCUCGGUCAGCUCCUGAUAUUAAGCCACCGCCACGGACGAAUAGUGGUCAACUGCCCUCGAAGCGGCCACAGCUCAAGGUGCAGAUACCAAGCGAGAAUUCUGACCGGGGGAGCGCUACAGCAGAUUCUUCGGCGUCCACCGGAAACAAGACCGUGACUCCUGCUAAGGCUAAUCCCGAUACCAAUCACUCCGGCGUUGUUCUCCCUCCACCAUCGCCAUCUGCCGGUGCAAUCCUGAGCGCAGGCGCCACAGGGCCCCCAAAUCCCUUCGCUCGGCCACCGCCGCCGGGAACCGCAAGCCAGAACAGCAACGCGUACAACAGCAAUAACAACAUUGAGACGCCGAUCUCUGCUCUACCCAGUCGAUUCGUGUCUGAUGCUCUUCUUCCAUCGCCGUCGAGUUUCUUCCCGGAAUGGGGGUUCGGCAGGUCCGGUCCCGAUACGAACAUGCUGCCUAGUCCUCUGACCUUUCCCACUCCAGCUGUUCAGACCGGUCCAGGGUUCACGCGCGAAGAUGAACAGGAGAAGAAGCGCAAAAGUCCCGACAGCGGUCCUAGCAUCGAGGGAACAGCGAAGAAAUCUAAGACAUGA